AUGGCGCUCACCUGCCGCCUCGUUCUCCUCCUCGGCGCCGCCACAUUGCCUCUGCUCUUGUGCCUCACUGCAGAGGCGCGCGAGGUGGGCGUGAACUACGGCAGGGUGGCGAACGACCUGCCGGACCCGGCGGCGGUGGUGCAGCUGCUCAGGGAGAACGGCAUCACCAUGGUGCGGAUAUACGACACCAACGACGCGGUGCUGAGGUCGUUCGCCAACACCGGCAUCAAGCUCAUGUUGAUGCUGCCCAACGAGAACCUGGCCGACGCCGCGCGGAGCCCGUCGUACGCGGCCGACUGGGCGCGGCGCAGCGUGGCGGCGUACCUCCCCGCCACGCGGAUCCAUGCCGUCUCCGUGGGCAACGAGGUGUUCGACUCGAGGCCGGACCUGACGCCGCUGCUCGUCCCCGCCAUGACCAACGUGCAGGCCGCGCUGGCGCAGCUGGGACUCGCUGACGCCAUCAUGGUGUCCACGCCGCUGUCCUUCGCCGCGCGGACCGGCUCCUACCUCACCAUCAACCUCUACCCCUACUUGGCCACCGACGUCGAGCUCGCCAUGACCGGGGCCGAGCUCCCCAUGGCCACCGACGUCGAGCUUGCCAUGGCCGCCGGGGCCGAACUCGCUGGGGCCGUCUGCGUUGGCGCUGAGCUCGCCAUGGCCACCGGGGCCGAGCUUGCCCGCAGCCGUGCUGAUCUCGCCGUGGCCGCCAGGUCCAAGCUCGCCCCUCCCCCAUGGCUGGAGCUCGAGUAG